UAUAUUUAUUGGUUUGUUUUUAGAUUUUUGCAUUGUUUGGAUUUCGUGCACUAAUUUUAAAUAGUAUAAUGCAUUUUAAACAGCCACCAACUCACAUAAACACUCAGUUCUCUUCAAACUACAAUGUUUAAGCUCAAUGGAUCGAAUACCUACUACAUAGUCUUGCCCGUGGUACAAAAUACUUGCUCCGACCAGGAUUUGUUAUGCUGCCGCGCCUGCCUGUCCACCGACGGCGGAUUAUACAAUAUCCAUGAGUAUAAACUUGCUGACGCCUUCUCUGCCAUCGCUGGGACAUCUAUAAUCAGGGACCAACUGCCUCAAUAUCUGUGCUCACACUGCCGCACCCUGCUGAUGAAGUUCGCCUCAUUCAGGAACAUGUGUACACGAACACAACAACAGCUCCUGCUAGGGUUGCAGACGGGACAGUUAAACACAAAUUACAUUCACAGUAUAUAUCAGCCUUCUCACCGAUUCUUCAAUUUAACCAUAACUGAAGUCGAAACUAUCGACUGCAUCCUAGAAGAUGAAACUGAUCCAGAAAAUUAUAUUAAAAUAAUGGAAACCUUAACACAAGACAUAAACUUAGAGACACCAAUAGCAGAAGACAUCAAAGAUGAACCAAACAUAGAUAUAAUUGACAUAAAUAAUAUUUUAAACAAUACUGAUGAAAUGAUAGAAUUUGAUACAGAAAUAGAUGAAGAAAGUAAUCAUAUAGGAAACAAUAUAGUGCCUAUAAAAGAUAGAACAGGAACCAAAUCUAAAAUAGAGAGUGUAAAUGGUCAUGUCAUUGAAAUGGAUGGAGGUAUUAUAAAUGAAAAUGAAGAUAAGUCUUGUCAGUCAGUCAGUCAAGGAAAUGAAUUAAACGUAGGAUUUGGAGAUGAUCAUAUUGAAAAUAUGAAUGAUGCUAGUAGUAUACAAAAUAAAAAAAAUCCAGUCAAAAAACGAAAAAGAAAUGUUAGUAGUGUACAAAAUCCUAAUAAUACAGUAAAAAAGCUAAAUGGAAAUAAAAAAGAGAAGAAAAAAACUGAAUGUAAACUUAAGGAAAAAAUUGCGAGUCGUAAAUUGGUGAGAGGAAGGAAAAGAAUAAAAAAAGAAAACGAAAAAAUGAGAAGGAAUGAGAUUUUCGAAAGCAAUUAUUCAGUGAAAAUUGUCUUUUUGAGCAAGGAGGAGCAGUUAGCAGAAUUAGCAGCGCGCCAGAAAACCAACAACUACAGUGGAACCUGGAUAAUUGCAAUCUCAAGGGACCGGCCAGUUUUUGUCAAUUAACCAGGUUUUUCAUUUAAGCAGGUCGUGUCAAUUAACGAGGUUCAAAAAAUCGUUGUGUCAAUUAUAGAGGUUUUCAUUAAUAGAGGUUGCGUUCUGACAAAUUUCUUUUAUGGAGGUGCAAAUAACAAUUUAAAGUAGAUUUACACGCUUACGUUCUGGGUUUCUGGUCUAUAUAUUGCUUCUGUCUAUACUUGCACUUUUACACUACAUUAAUUACCACUUUAUUUUCUUAUCAUUUGGGUUUAAAAAAUUCCCUUGAAUUGUAGAAGAAAGUUUUAUUAGAAUUUAGAAAGCAUACUUUGUUUUUUAUUGAUCAAAAAAAACUAUUUCACCUACUACAGGCUGUGAUAGAUACCCAAUAACUAAAUUAAAUUCUGGAUGGAGAUAUAAAUAAAAUGAUCAUUGCUAUUGAAAUAUUGUUUCUGCUGUCUACAACUACAUUAUUUCAAUUAUAGAGGUAAUAAGCAAGACUCGUUUCAAUAAUAGAGGUAAAAACAAGAGCAAAAAUAGCGGAUUUUUUUUGCACAGUGUCAAUUAUAGAGGUCUUAAGUUGCGAUGUGGUCAAUUAUAGAGGCAAAAUUACGAAUAGCACUAAAAUCUAAAUUGCAAUUAUAGAGGUUCCAAAAUUUCAAUUAUAGAGGCCUUUUGGUCUCAAGGGACCGGGACCGGACUUUUGGUUGCAAUUAUUGAGGUUUUCCAUUUAUGCAGGUUCCAAUUAACCAGGUUUCACUGUACCUGAAGACGGACUUCAAGUGUAAGGAGUGUUACAAAGGAUUCUGGCUGAAAGACUCUUAUGAGAACCACAUGCAUCGGCAUAGUGCUGGCGGCGGUCCGUACGAGUGCGAUCUCUGCCACAUUCGCUUCGCGAGUAACCGGAACCGGUCGGCGCACCAGGAGAUGCAUCGCACCAAGAUUCUCUGCACACUGUGCGACUUCGUCUCUAGGAAAAAGUCCCAGGCGAUGCUACACCACGGCGUGCACGCGGGCCGCGUCUACGAGUGCCAGCAUUGUGGCAAGAGCUUCAAGUGGGUUU